UUUAUAUUUGCUCACCCUCUCCAUUUCCAGUUCUUUGGUUUCAUUCUUUCUUCUGGUUUUGAAAAACAGAAAAGACCUAAACCCACUCAGGCACUCAUUUGCACGACGGCUUCAAAGUCCGAACCUCACUCCUCAGCCCUCUCAGGACUCUGCCAAAGAAAAAGACUAGCGAAAGUAAUGGCCGCCAAGAUAUGCAUAGCCAUUCGAUCAUUUGGUCGCCCAUUAACGGAGAACAUCAACUGGGGGCUUCCACCUUACACACGGAAGAUUGCAUUGCCUGAAUCACGAGUCUUAUACACUGUGUUACGAUCACCUCAUGUUGAUAAAAAGUCCAGAGAACAGUUUGAAAUGAAUGUCAAGAAACAGUUCCUGGUCAUAAACACAGAAACACAUGAAUUGCAGAAGAAGUUCUUCUGGUUAAAACGCCAGCGGAUAUUUGGAGCCCAAUAUGAACUCCAGUUUUCUUGCAAGACCCGUUUGGAUAAGGAAAAACUCCAGAAGUUGCUUUGAAGUAAGAGCCUGGCAUUGACCCUUUGCUGAACCUGAACUUCCAUGGCGUUGUUGGAUGGUUCUGUUUUUAAUUCAAUAGGAAGACAAGAUGAGAAAAAGAGGAGCACUUCAAAUGUUGAUGAAGAUAGGCAUUGAGGUUGAUCUCUAGUAAGUUCUGCAAGUUUGUAAUCUGUUUUUAGAAGAUACGACGAUUCAAAAUCGCUUUUUAUUGCAGUAGUAUUUGUUUACUUAUGAUUGGAGGUCGAUGCAAUUAUGAUUCAGCGCUUGAGCUUGGGUUAGAUGUGUCACAGAACAUUUGCUAUCUACAAACAAUUGCAUUCUCUCUAAA